AUGCUGAGGAGGACCCUGCUGUGCGCGGUGCUCGGGCUCCUGCGCGCCCAGCCCCUCCCCUGCCCGCAAGGCUGCAGGUGUUUCUUCCGGGACUCGGUGCAAUGCUCUGGGGGCGACGUGGCGCGCAUUUCGGCGCUGGGCCUGCCCACCAACCUCACGCACGUCCUGCUCUUCCAAAUGGGCCGCGGCGUCUUGCAGAACCACAGCUUCAGUGGCAUGACCGUCCUGCAGCGCCUGAUACUCUCGGACAGCCACAUUUCCGCCAUUGCCCCCGGCACCUUCGAUGACCUGAUAAAACUAAAAACCCUCAGGUUGUCGCGCAACAAAAUCACUCAUCUUCCAGGUGCGCUACUCGAUAAGAUGGUGCUCCUGGAACAGUUGUUUUUGGACCACAACGCACUAAAGGGCAUUGACCAAAACAUGUUUCAGAAACUGGUUAACUUGCAGGAGCUCUUUUUGAACCAGAAUCAACUCAAUUUCCUUUCUUCUCGUCUCUUCACAAACCUGGGGAACCUGAAAAUGUUGGAUUUAUCAGGAAACAACUUGACCCACCUGCCCAAGGGAUUGCUUGGGACACAGGCUAAGCUUGAGAAACUUCUGCUGCACUCGAACCAGCUAGUGUUUCUGGAUUCGGGGCAGUUGAGCAGUCUGGGCGCCCUGAUGGAGCUGCAGCUCCACAGAAAUCACAUCCGCUCCAUCGCACCCGGAGCAGUCGACCAGCUCCCAGGCCUGCGUUCUUUGACUCUUUCCAGAAACCACCUCGAGGUUCUCCCCUCCGGGCUCUUUCUUCAUUCGCACAAUUUGACGGUGUUGACUCUGUUCGAGAACCCGCUGGAAGAGCUCCCGGGGGUGCUCUUCGGGGAGAUGGCCGGCCUGCACGAGCUGUGGCUGAACAGCACCCGGCUGCGCACCCUGCCCGCCGCCGCCUUCCGCAACCUGAGCGGCCUGCGCACGCUGGGGGUGACUCUGAGCCCGCGGCUGAGCGUGCUGCCCCCGGGCGCCUUCCAGGGCCUGGCGGAGCUCCGGGUGCUCGCCCUGCACUCCAACGGCCUGACCGCCCUCCCCGACGGCUUGCUGCGCGGCCUCGGCAGGCUGCGCCAGGUGUCGCUGCGCCAUAACAGGCUGCGGGACCUGCCGCGCGCGCUCUUCUCCGACCUCGGUAGCCUGGAGAAGGUCCAGCUCGACCACAACCAGCUGGAGACCCUGCCUGGCGACGUGUUUGGGGGUCUGCCUCGGCUGACCGAGGUCCUGCUGGGGCACAAUCCCUGGCGCUGCGACUGUGGCCUGCGGCCAUUCCUGGGGUGGCUGCGGCAGCACCUAGACCUCGUGGGCCGAGCCGAGCCCCCGCGGUGCGGCGGCCCUGGACAGCGCGCCGGCCUGCAGCUCUGGGCCCUGCCGGGGGGCGACCCCGAGUGCUCGGGCACCCGGGGCCCGUCUCUGCACAAUGCCGCGCGCGACUCCUCGGCAGCCCCUGGCCACACUGCCCCGGUGCCUAUCAGCCCAGAGCCCUGGGCAUGGGCGCAGCUGGUGGCCACGGACAAACGUCUAGACCAUAGCCUGUUCUGGGGUCUUUAUUUUCUGCUCUUGGCCGCUCAGGCCAUAAUAACCGGGAUCAUUGUGUUUGUCAUGUUUAAAAUCGGCCGGCUCUUUCGAAAAUUAAUCAGAGAGAGAGCUCUUAAUUGA